CAUGAUGAGGUGCCUUCUAGUCCUUCUUCUGGUAGCUGCAGUCUUUGCCGAGGAGAAGAAAGCUGACGACAAGAAGAACAAGAAGAGAGGAAUUUACGACUUCGGUGGUCACGAUUUUGGACACCACAACUUUGAAGGUGAUUUUGGGGAGCAUGACUUUGAAAAACACGAUUAUGGUGGACAUGAUUUUGGAGGUCAAGACUUUGGAGGCCACGACUUUAGCAAUCAUCGCCACCACGAGGUGAAGACCAUCACGAUAGAGAAGGAGGUGAAGGUGCCGUACCCGGUCCACGUGGAGAAGAAGGUACCGUACCCUGUCAAGGUGCACGUCGAGAGGCCGGUCCCAUACCCUGUGGAAAAACCUUACCCUGUGACUGUGGAGAAGAAAGUGCCUUACCCGGUCAAGGAGUACAUCCCUAAACCUUACCCUGUCGAGAAGACCAUCCAUUAUCCAGUGAAGGUUCCAGUUGACAGGCCAUACCCCGUGCAUGUUCCAAAGCCUUAUCCCGUCUACGUAGAGAAGAAGGUGCCAUACCCUGUAGAGAAACACAUCCCUUACCCGGUCAAGGUGCAUGUCCCCCGGCCUGUCCCAUAUCACGUUCCUGUUGUCAAACACGUGCCUUACCCCGUCGAGAAGAAAGUUCCUUAUCCCGUCAAGGUGCCAGUUGAGAAGCCAGUCCCCUACCCUGUGGAGAAGCCUUACCCCGUCUACGUAGAGAAGAAGGUUCCCUACCCGGUGGAGAAGGAGGUGCCGUAUCCAGUCAAGGUUCCGGUUCACAUCCCGGUCCAUGUCCAUGAGCAUCAUGACCAUGAGGAACAUCACUUUGGGGAAGAAGUACACCAUGAGCAUGAGGAACAUGGGUUUGAAAGCUCUCACUCGUCUGGUCAUGAACUGUAAAUGCUUAUCUGAUUUUAUACUGCAUGAAAUUACAAUUUUGCAAGGAACUGUUAUUUGUUUUGUAAUAAUAAAAUUGUUUGUGUUUUAUUAUUGGAAUACAUUAUUUGUAUACAACCCUUU